AUGGCGCAGCCGGUCGGGCCGGCGGAGGAGCCGGUGGAGCCUGCAGCCGCUGUGGAGAUGACUGCUGUUGCUGCUAGAUGGGGUCUGGCACCCCUGCACACCAACCACAGGCGGAAGAGAUCACAUCCGGGCGGCCGGAAGAAGGCGGCAGAGCGGUUUGCCGGGAAGACCCUGAUAUCAGCGCUGGAGUUGGUUGCGGUGCCGGCAGACCACUUUGUCGGCAAUGCGGACAUCAAUGAGCUGACGGCCUUGCGGCUGGACGAUCACCCCCUCAAUCCAUCCGGCUCUCGGGCCGAAACGUCGCGCCUAGAUAAGGGAUCCCGGAACAAAGGGAGCCUGUGCAGUCGGAACCCAUUGUUUGGGUCCGGGCCGGAGGAGGUGCCAAAGGCUCAGCGGCCCUGGGAGCAACAACCCGCCUGCCAAAGUCGAGAUCUCAGAAUAGUCAAGGUUGCAUUAGCAGUUAACUCUUCACUCAAACGUCCAGGGUUCGGUGUACAACGAAGUCGUCGCUCUCACAGCCGCCCCUCCUCGAUCCGGCAGUGGCAGCACGCCGCCAGCAACCCCGGCUCGCCCCCGCGCUGCACGCACCUGCUCGCUGCUGCGCCCCCUAACGACCUCAUCUCCCUUGUGAAAUUUGUCUUGUCAGUGGCUACGCACACACACGCCCGCGCACACACGCGCGCACACACACACGCGCGCGCGCGCGCGCGCGCGCGCGCGCGCGCACACACACACGCGCGCGCGCGCGCACACACGCACACGCGCGCACACACGCACACGCGCGCGCGCGCACACACGCACACGCGCGCGCGCGCGCGCACACACGCGCGCGCGCGCACACACGCGCGCGCGCACACACACACACGCGCGCGCGCGCGCGCACACGCGCGCGCGCGCGCACACACGCGCGCGCGCGCGCGCAAACACGCGCGCGCACACACACGCGCGCGCACACACACGCGCGCGCACACACACGCGCGCGCACACGCGCGCGCACACACGCGCGCGCACACACGCGCGCGCACACACACGCGCGCGCACACACACGCGCGCGCACACACACGCGCCCGCACGCACGCGCGCGCCCACACGCACGCGCGCGCCCACACGCACGCGCGCGCCCACACGCACGCGCGCGCCCACACGCACGCGCGCGCCCACACGCACGCGCGCGCCCACACGCACGCGCGCGCCCACACGCACGCGCGCGCCCACACGCACGCGCGCGCCCACACGCACGCGCGCGCCCACACGCACGCGCGCGCCCACACGCACGCGCGCGCCCACACGCACGCGCGCGCCCACACGCACGCGCGCGCCCACACGCACGCGCGCGCCCACACGCACGCGCGCGCCCACACGCACGCGCGCGCCCACACGCACGCGCGCGCCCACACGCACGCGCGCGCCCACACGCACGCGCGCGCCCACACGCACGCGCGCGCCCACACGCACGCGCGCGCCCACACGCACGCGCGCGCACACAGUGAGAGUGGUGCUGAGGAGAGUGAGAGUGGUGCUGAGGAGAGUGAGAGUGGUGCUGAGGAGAGUGAGAGUGGUGCUGAGGAGAGUGAGAGUGGAGCUGAGGAGAGUGAGAGUGGUGCUGAGGAGAGUGAGAGUGGUGCUGAGGAGAGUGAGAGUGGUGCUGAGGAGAGUGAGAGUGGUGCUGAGGAGAGUGAGAGUGGUGCUGAGGAGAGUGAGAGUGGUGCUGAGGAGAGUGAGAGUGGUGCUGAGGAGAGUGAGAGUGGUGCUGAGGGGAGUGAGAGUGGUGCUGAGGGGAGUGAGAGUGGUGCUGAGGGGAGUGAGAGUGGUGCUGAGGAGAGUGAGAGUGGUGCUGAGGAGAGUGAGAGUGGAGCUGAGGAGAGUGAGAGUGGUGCUGAGGAGAGUGAGAGUGGUGCUGAGGAGAGUGAGAGUGGUGCUGAGGAGAGUGAGAGUGGUGCUGAGGAGAGUGAGAGUGGUGCUGAGGAGAGUGAGAGUGGUGCUGAGGAGAGUGAGAGUGGUGCUGAGGAGAGUGAGAGUGGUGCUGAGGAGAGUGAGAGUGGUGCUGAGGAGAGUGAGAGUGGUGCUGAGGAGAGUGAGAGUGGUGCUGAGGAGAGUGAGAGUGGUGCUGAGGAGAGUGAGAGUGGUGCUGAGGAGAGUGAGAGUGGUGCUGAGGAGAGUGAGAGUGGUGCUGAGGAGAGUGAGAGUGGUGCUGAGGAGAGUGAGAGUGGUGCUGAGGAGAGUGAGAGUGGUGCUGAGGAGAGUGAGAGUGGUGCUGAGGAGAGUGAGAGUGGUGCUGAGGAGAGUGAGAGUGGUGCUGAGGAGAGAGUUUUUGCUUUGGGAGGAGAGUGCCAUCAAGAUAACAGCCAUGGUGUUGCACUUAAGUGA